AGCUUCUUGAUACACCUGAAAGAAUCUUGAACAAUGCCACAUUCUUCAAUGGAGUCUUUCAAAAUGUGGAAAGUGUUGCAUUAUUUUUUGACUGCUUGGGUUCUCACUUCACCUGGUUACAGUCCAUCUUCACUAACUUCCCUGCCCUGCUCAACUUUGUGAACAAAAUGAAGUGUGUUACUGGGUUUUGCCCCAGGGAUUUUGAAGACUAUGGUUGCUCUUGCCGGUUUGAGAUGGAAGGACUGCCCAUGGAUGAAGCUGAUGACUGCUGUUUCCAGCACCGCAAAUGCUACGAGGAAGCAAUGGAGAUGGAGUGCACAUGGGAUCCAUCAAAGAUUUCUACAGAUGUCAGCUGCUCUACUGAAAACCUGACCUGUGAGUCUGGGGAUCCCUGUGAACACUUCCUCUGCAACUGCGACAAAGAUGCCAUUGAAUGCUUUGUGAAUGCACGUAUUAACUCUUCCUUGAAUGGGCUGGAUGUCUCCUUCUGUCCAUCUCCGGUUACAGAGUUCCUUCAUCAUGAGACUGACAAAACACAGGCUGCAACUGCAUCCAUGGAAGAAGUGAUUUCUUUUGAGCCCAUUGAGAUGGUCCUGGGGGCUUCCAAAGCUGGAGUUACCACAAGGGACCACAGAGGUACAGCUCCUGCUCCCUCCAUCCCCUCGAUAAAAGAAGAGGACGGAUUUAUGGAAGCUGUGGUCCCAGUGGAAGAGAUAACCACCUCCCCAGCCUUCUUCCCAGGAGAUAUCAACACAAUACAAGUCAAAAUUGUCCCCACCAAGAAGAUUCCUGCAGGCAUAUCUGCAAGGACAAAGGAAAAAGAGAUGAGUCCUGCAAGGGGUGGCCAGAGCACAGCUUCCUCUGGAAUAGCUCUGGAACGGGUACUGUCUGACAGGGGACCCAAUGAACCUGCAGGAAAAGUGUGUGGGCAAUUAACCUUUCUGCAAGAGAGAGGAAACGGAAGAGUGAAGAGGGAGCUGGCCCAGCUAGGAGAAAUGCUGUUCUGUUUAACUGAGCGAUGCCCAGAGGAAUUUGAGUCUUAUGGUUGUUACUGUGGCCAAGAAGGAAGAGGUCAUCCUGCUGAUGCACUGGACAGGUGCUGCUUCUUUCAUCAUUGUUGUAUGGAACAAGUUAAGAAACUUGGAUGUCAUGCAGAAAGAAGUUCAAGAUCUGAAGUUGUAUGUUUUGAUCAUAAGCCAAAAUGUACUGGUUGGAGCACAUGUGAGAAACUAUUAUGUGCUUGUGAUAAGACAGCAGCCGAGUGCAUGGCUUCUGCUGCCUUCAAUGAAAGCCUUAAGUUUCCACACAGGCAAGAGUGCCAAGAGGAGAAAAUCUUAUGUCAAAGUGACCCUUAUGAAAGGCCUUCAAUCGGCACAGAAAUAGUCACUGAGAUUUCCAGCUCGGAGGAGAGCAGUGAGGAGGAAGGUCCACUGUGGAGCGUAUUAAGAAGAGCAAAGAGAGAGACACACCGUCCUGUUGGAAACAUGCAACAUGAAGGCAGAUAA